UAUCUACAUGAGAACGGCGUUGUGCAUCGUGACCUCAAACCAGAGAACCUGCUGUACGCCGACCUGUCACUGGACGCUCCGCUGAAGAUUGCUGACUUUGGUCUUUCCAAAAUCAUCGAUGACCAGGUGACCAUGAAGACUGUCUGUGGCACACCGGGUUACUGCGCUCCAGAGAUCCUGCGGGGAAAUGCCUACGGCCCUGAGGUGGACAUGUGGUCAGUGGGCGUCAUCCUCUACAUCCUACUCUGUGGGUUCGAGCCCUUCUUCGACCCGAGGGGGGAUCAGUACAUGUACAGCCGCAUCCUCAACUGUGACUACGAGUUUGUGUCACCGUGGUGGGACGAGGUCUCCCUCAAUGCCAAGGAUUUGGUCAGUAAACUGAUUGUCCUCGACCCUCAUAAGCGCCUCAACGUCCGGGAGGCCCUGCAGCACCCCUGGGUGCUGGGCAAAGCCGCCCGCUUCUCCCACAUGGACACCACCCAGAGGAAACUACAGGAGUUCAACGCUCGACGCAAACUUAAGGCCGCCAUGAAGGCCGUCGUGGCCACCAGUCGUAUGCACGAGGGUUCACGGCGUCGUACCGACAGCUGCGAGAUUCCGGGCUCGGGUACUUCCAGGCAGAGCAGCAUGCAGCAGGACCCGCCUCCUGAGUCCACAAGCCCCACCCCUGCAGACAAAGAGGCCCCGCCCCCAGAUCAGCAGCCGCUGCAGGAAGACGAGUCAAACCCUGGAGACCAAAGUGCCCUCAGCCCCUCCCCUCCACGCAGCCCCAAACCACCCAGCUCUGAUGUCACUCCCACAGGCCCCGCCCCCUCCAGACCGCCGCUGCGAGUCGACGGGCUGCGACAAGCGUCCGUCGUCCCCAAACCCGCACCGGUCCAGCCCCGACUGCCGCAGAAGAGCUACUCCGUGGUAGAGCCCACCUCCAGGGCCGAGGCCACGCCCACGCUGGCCACGCCUCCGAGUCCCAACAACCUCAGUAAUGGCUUCACGCCGGGGGCGGAGCCUGCCAGUAAGACCACCCACUGCCAGUGAGCGCAGACGCUUCAGAAAUCACUCAAAUUAUCUCCUUAGGCUCCGCCUUCCAUGACCUGAAAUCAUUUAUUGGGACCAAAUUAGACCAGAAGCACCCGGAGCCGACAACCAUCCUCCACUCUGUAGCUCUGCUGGGAUGCUAACAUGCUAACAUGCUAACAGCUGUUUGUCCCACAUCAGGACGUACAGCUCGGUGGCAUUGAUUGGACGAUGACAUCCAAUCACAGACCUUCUUCUUUAGACCUGCUCUUAAAGGACGAUUCCACUUGUAUUCUAUUUGUUGUUCAUUCUAACUCACAGAAAGCUACGAGCUAAUGUAGCUACGAGUGUCAUGUAACCAAGAGUUAGACAGCAGGAAGAGGCGGAGUCAGGUGACCUUUCAACUGUCACCUGUCGGUUUUUAUUGAUUUGGUUGAGCUUCCUGUUGGUCACAAACAGACGAUCAGUCUGUAGUUUACUGACACUUGGUAGCGUAGCUUAGCAUAACACCUGGAAGCUAGCUGUAGGUGUAUGAGAGGAGGAGUUAACUUUAUACUGCUGGGUCACUUAAUCAAUAAUAAUAAUAAUAAUAAUAAUAAUCCUCAGCAUUUAUUAUGGACUUUCAAUCUGCAAAGUAACUAAAGUUAUUAAAUAAAAAUUGAAUAUUUUACCCCAAAAUGAAUCUAUUGAUUAGACAAUAACCAGAACUGUUCCAGAGGUUCCUGUUAGAAAUUAUUGGGACUAUAAAGGAGGUUUUUGAGGAUCCUGAUUCCAUUUCUGACAUUUUCUAAAUAUAAACUGUUUAAAGAGGAAAUGAAAAUAUUCCCAGUGGAUGAUUGUGUCAGUUUAAAUGUAUUAAUACCCCCCCCUCGUUACUGCUGUAUAUCAGAGUCCUAUACUGGGCUCUGAGGGAUGUGAGCGUCUUGCUGUCUGUUCUGAUGUGGGACAAACAGACUGAGGUCUCUUCCCGCUCCGGGACGCUCAGGACGGAGCCGACUGAUUGUAUUUUAUGAAACUUUGGUAAAGCGUCUGCAUGGAGGACAGAAUCUCGCUCUGGUGUUUUUCUUCUUCUGCAUCCCUCUCAGUUUCCAGAGGAGGACUGGGAGGGUUCUGGUUGCUCUACGGGAGCCUGAAGAGACAAUGUGCUUUGAGUUUUUUAUCCUUUCUACUCUUUACUGUCGCCUCCCGCUGGCUGUGUGACGCAGCCGUAGGUAGAUCGCUCUGUAGCCUGCAGGUGAGUCCCGUGUUGUGUUCAUGAGCUUCUAGUAAAAACGUGUUUUUCUCAGCAGUGAUGAUGAUCUCCUGUUUGCACUGUACAUAGUUUGGUUUCAGGGUCAGUGUUCUUUGCAGCCAACGGAUCUUCAUGAGAAAUCAGAAAAACUAAACCAUUUAUAACCGGGAACAAAAACCAGAGAAUGGCUCGGUUUGGUUUUAUUUUAAAAAGGAAAACCAUUUUUAUUUUCUAACAAUAAAAAGAAAACUGGUCAGUUUUCAUUUACUUUUUAACAAAAAACAUAAAGUUAUUUCAUUUUCAGACAAAAAUAAGAGAAAACCGUUUUUUUACUUUUAUUUUUAAACCAGCGAGCCGUUGUCUGUCCUUCGCUGCAGAGUGCACUGACCUUUUAUAGACAGACAUCUUUACUGCUCCACUCCACCAGAGACGCAGUCCGUGUUUAGACCCCCCCAAAAAAAUACCAGAUUUGACCUUUGACCUUCAUCCGAUCUGAAACCACACAUUCUACCUCUUUUUGUACAGGGGCUUCCAAAACCAUAAAAAAACGUCUCUGGAGAGGAAACAAAUGAGCCCAGCAGGCAGAGCUGAGGCCGCUCAGAGAGAAACACACAGAUCUACGGUGGCUGAGACGGGCCAAACACAGCAGUUUGAGAAAGCAGAAUCUGGUUCAGUUGGUUGCUGCAGCAGGUUGAACGGAAUCAGUGGAAGUGAGAGUGGAGUUUAUCUUUAAAUCAGCUUUAUUAAAGGUUCAAGUUCAGGCAGACAGGAAGCUGAAGGUUUAUGUCUGCUUCAGUCUGGUGGCGUUCGAUAUACACCACCUACUACUUAUCGAUAUAAACACGUCCCACUGGAAGGUUUUCACCGUUCGUUAACUUAACGUGAGUCAGUAUUCUCUCUCUGGUCCGUAUCACUGCGGCAGUAUGAUGGGAAUCAGCUGUUUCUGGGAUUUAAUGUCAAUAAACGGAUCAAUAUAUCAAUAUAACAACAACAUCAUGAUGGCACCAGAGUCUGACGGUCUGUAAGCAAACAACUCUUAAAAUGCUUGUUUUCUGAAUGGAGUUUGGUUGAUCAGGGCUACGCUAACUUGUCCUGGUCUGAGGAGUUAUACGGGUCCUGGUCUGAGGAGUUAUACGGGUCCUGGUCUGAGGAGUUAUAUGGGUGCUGGUCUUAUCAGAGAGCUGUUUGUGUGGUCACACUGACUGGCUGCUUUGCUUUUUGUCCUGUCUCAGCCACCGUCUGUGAAAGAACCUGGGUUGAGAAGAGGAACACAUUCGUCCCUGAAGGGCUUUUACCUUUAAAGAGGAACCAACCUCAACCCUAUAUGUUACGUAGUUUUGAGGACUGAAUGGACAUUUGAGUUCACCUUCAAAGGAACAGUUGUUUACUGACUGUGAACUCAUUAUGAAUUAUACAGCUCCCAGUAGUCUGAGACGUCCCCAGGCUGGAAACCCUGAACCAGACACUCAAUGUUUUACUCAACUAACAGACUUUCACGUGUUCUACUGUAUAUUGUGGAUACGUCGUUUACGGUCUUUCGUUCUGAAAUGAGAAAAUCAAAAUGGGGAAAAAGCUCAUUUAUAUUAUAAAUAAAACAAAAACGCAGAAAA